AAUCGAUGAAACUGAAAAUUUCUAGUCAAGUGUCAACAAAUUUUACAAACUGAACAUUUUUGUUGUAUUCUCACUGUAGACAAAUUAUUUUUUUAAAAAUGGGUAAAGAGAAAGGUGGUUUUCUUACACCAAAAGCAAUAGCUAAUCGUAUAAAGGCGAAGGGCUUACAGAAAUUGCGAUGGUAUUGUCAGAUGUGCCAAAAACAAUGCAGAGAUGAGAAUGGAUUUAAAUGUCACAUGAUGUCAGAGUCUCAUCAGAGGCAGCUGCUACUGUUUGCAGAAAAUCCAGAUCAAUACAUCGAUGACUUCUCAAAAGAGUUUAUGGAUGGUUAUUUGGAGCUGCUAAGGAGAAGAUUUGGUACAAAAAGAGUUCACUGUAACAUUGUGUACCAGGAGUACAUUGCUUUUCGAGAACAUGUCCACAUGAAUGCAACACAGUGGGAGUCACUCACAGAAUUUGUCAAAUGGCUAGGAAGAGAAGGAAAAUGUGUAGUGGACAACACAGAGAAAGGCUGGUUCAUUCAGUAUAUUGACCGCGAUCCAGAGACAAUUAAGAAACAGGAGCAGAUAAAAGCCAAGGAGAAAAUGGAUAUGGAUGAUGAGGAGAGGACGGCUGUUUUUAUACAGAAACAAAUAGAGCGGGCGGCAGAACAGGGGACGUCAGCGAAAGAGGCAGAGUAUACAGAACUAAAGAGAGAGAACGAGGAGGACAAGGUUUCUCUGAGUUUUUCUGGACUGAAGCCAAAGAAAAAGGAAGAAAAUUCAGCAUUGAAAUCAGACAACCCUUUCAGUUCAAAGAAACCAACAGAAUCAGAAAAGCCAAAGAAAAGGGAGAGCAGAUGGGAAAAAGAAGAGCCCAAGAAGGAGUUAAAAAAAGACCCCUUCAAACCUCCCAAGCCUGGAGAGAAAAGGAAAUCAGCUCUGGACGAAAUCAUGGAGUUUGAAGAGAAAAAGAAAGAGAAAACAAACAGAAAAGAUUAUUGGCUGAUGGAAGGCAUUGUUGUCAAGAUUGUCACAAAGAAGCUUGGGGAAAAAUUCCACAAGAAAAAGGCAAUGGUCAAGGAGGUCCAGGACCUAUAUAGGGCUGUGAUUGAAACAUUAGACUCAGGAAACAAAGUCAGGGUAGACCAGAAUCACUUAGAGACUGUUAUACCAGCUCAAGGUAAACUUGUGAAGAUUGUGAACGGAGCCUACAGAGGUCAUGAUGCUGUUUUGGAGGGGAUUGAUGAGAAAAAGUUCAGUUGUACAGUAUCUAUACACUCUGGUCCAUUAAAGGGGCGUGUUGUAGACAAUGUUCAGUAUGAAGAUAUCAGUAAACUUUUUAACCAAACCUGAAGCUGUGUGUGCCCAAUGCAGAAAAGAUAUGUCAAAGACAGAAAAGGGACAAUUAAAUCAUGACUAUGUUUGUCUUUUAAUUGCGUCAAAGAGAUUGAGCUGGACUUAUGUUUUAAAGACACAAGCAUCUGUAGGAAGGGACAAUAGCUAUUAUAGUUAGCAGGCAAUCUUCGGCCUAUUCACUAAACAUGCUAAAAGCAAUACAAUCUAUUUAAGAAUUUAACUGUCUCAUUGCUG